GUUAAACCCGCGCCAAUACCAGCUUAAGUUAACGCCAGGUUACGCCACUGAUUGGCCGGAUAAAUUCGAAAAGAAAGACAAGGCUACUAGUCGCUCAAUUACGUUUUCGUGUUGUUUACGUUAAAUAAAGUGAUAGUAAGACAACGCGACGGUAUCAGUUAGUUACUCGCCAUCUAAUACUCCUCACCGCAAAAGCGUUAGACAUGUCGUCGUCUCUCAACGAAAUCAAGGAAAAAUUGAACGGGUACAAUCAGCAGCAGUUGCUGGCCACUUGGGAGCUGCUGGAUCGGGAGAAGCAGCUGGGGUUUGUUAAACACGUCAACGCAAUCGACUUCGAAGAAGCUAAUUUCCUGUUCAAGAAGGCCAAGCAAUCCAUGGAGUCGGAUAUCAAGAAGCUGGAUGAUUUUAUGACUCCUGUCCCGGCGACGCAGUAUCAGUCCGAGGAAAAAGUUUGUGCCAAAACUCUGGACGAGUACCGUUCAAUCGGUUUGGAAGCUAUAUCCAACAACGAAGUGGCGGUGUUACUGCUAGCGGGAGGGCAAGGCACGAGGCUGGGUUCCGACAACCCAAAGGGGAUGUUCUCGGUUGGGCUACCGUCGGGAAAAACCCUGUUCCAAAUACAAGCAGAGAGAAUCAGACGCGUCACCGCCCUGGCAAAGGAAAAGUACGGAAAGUUCGGCACCAUACCGUGGUACAUCAUGACCAGCGGGCCCACGGAUAGAACAACCCAUAAAUUCUUGGUCGCUAAAAACUACUUCGACCUGAACGAAAAGGACGUCAUCCUCUUCCAGCAAGGGCUGCUUCCUUGCUACGAUUUCGAAGGGAAAAUACUGUUGAACGAAAAAGACCACGUUGCCUUCGCUCCGGACGGAAACGGCGGUAUCUACAAAGCUCUAGCCAAACACGGCAUCCUCAACGAUAUGGAGAAGCGCGGGGUUAAAUACGUGCAUGUGCACAGCGUCGAUAAUAUUUUGGUUAAAGUGGCCGAUCCUGUUUUCAUCGGUUAUUGUGUAUCCAAGCAGGCCGAAUGCGGUGCCAAAGUGGUGAAAAAAGCCAACCCCAACGAACCUGUCGGCGUUAUUUGUCAAGUGGAUGGUAAAUAUCAGGUCGUGGAGUACAGCGAAAUAACGGAAAAAACCGCCCUACUGAAGAACGAAAACGGGGAUUUGAAAUUCAACGCCGGUAACAUCUGCAACCACUUUUUCUCCACCUCGUUCCUACGCAAAGUCGUUAAUGAAUGUCUCAAUGAUAUUAAGGUUCACGUGGCUAUAAAAAAAAUCCCUUACACCAACGCGCUGGGAAAAAAAGUGACACCGGUGGAAGCCAAUGGUAUUAAAAUCGAGAAGUUCAUUUUCGAUGUGUUUCAGUUCGCCGAGAAGUUCGUGAUUUGGGAGGUGCCUCGCAAUGAAGAGUUCAGUGCUCUCAAAAAUUCUGAUGAGGCAGGUAAGGACUGCCCGAUGACGGCCCGAAACGACUUGCUGGCUUUGCAUAGGGCCUACGUCGAGAAGGCCGGGGGAAGAAUCGAGGCCGGGGAAGUGGAAAUUUCCCCCCUGCUGUCCUAUGCAGGGGAGAACUUGGAGAACAUCGUCAAAGGCGUGACCUAUAACAACAAAGGAGCAAUCCAGUUGCUGCCGGAAAAUAAAUUGAACGGCGUUAAUGGCAAACAUUAACAAUAUGUUUCGUGUUAAAUUCCUCUACGUGCGGACUAAGUGAAAGUAAGUAAGAACCGUCCUUGACUUUAUAAACGAAAGUAAAUCUACUUGUAUUAAUCGGAAUUCCAAUUUCAUUGUUUAUAAAUCGCUUUUUAAGGGUUAAGUUUCCUUGUUUUAAAUGUGAUAAUGCAAUUCUUGACUGAAUGUAAAACCCUGUUUUAUAUUUAUUUUUAACGAUAUACAAUAAUUUAAAAUAUGUUUUAUCUAGUAACAAUAGACAAAUAUUUUGCCAGCUACGAACGAAUGUUUAAAUACCAUUGUUUUAUACUAUUAUAAUAAUUAUGUACUUAUGUAAGGAUUAAGAAAAUGUAUUUUUUUACAAUUUUGCUAAAUAUACCUAAAUUAAACUUUUAUAAUAAAUUUACACUGAAAAUAAAAAAU